UUCUAAAGGCAGUGUUUACAGUUGCAAAUAUUUCUUAAAAAUGUGUAAAACUGUCUGAAUGAAAAAUGGGCGCAGCAGAUAGUAAGUUGAACUUUCGACAGGCAGUUGUACAACUUACUUCCAAGAAAACACCAAUAGAAGUGAGCGAUGAGGCAUUCUGGGAACAGUUUUGGAUGGAUUCUAUAACUAAUGUAAAUGAUGUUUUUGCUCUUAUACCAGCUGCAGAAAUACGCACUUUAAGAGAAGAAUGCCCUUCAAAUCUUGCUACUUUAUGUUACAAGUGUGUAGAAAAACUUGUAAAUGCUGCAUCUAAUGGUUGUGCUGGUCAACAUGAACAUACAGCUGUUUUAAAUUGUACUCGUUUACUGACUCGUCUCAUGCCAUACAUAUUUGAAGAUAUAGAUUGGAGAGGAUUUUUUUGGUCAACAGUUCCUGGUCAGGGGGAAGUAGAACAUAUGGCAAAUGAAAAUGCAGAUGAUGUUUCAACACCUCUUGCCCAGUCUCUGGUUGCUGCUGUGUGCGAUCUACUUUUUUGUCCAGAUUUUACAGUUUAUGCUAAAAGAACUGGUCCAGACAAUCCAGAAGAUCUUGCAAGUAUAGAUAGUUGUGCAUAUAUUUGGGAAGCUGGGGUUGGUUUUGCUGCAUCUCCACCGCAUAUUACAUUGCAUGACCUACAUCGUACAGAGCUUUUAAAGUUGUUGCUUACGUGUUUUUCUGAAGCAAUGUAUUUAUCACCAUCAGAAGCUCCUACAGCAGAGAACAAGUGGCUACAAUAUUUUGCCUCUUCAGAAAACAGACAUGCUCUUCCUCUAUUUACUUCGCUAAUUAAUGUGGUUUGUGCUUAUGACCCAAUCGGAUAUGGUGUGCCAUACAAUUAUGUGAUGUUUUCUGAUACUCGCGAGCCAAUGAUAGAAGUUUCAUUACAGCUUCUUAUAGUGGUUUUGGAUUAUGAUAUGGAGCAUCAGCAAAUCAUGGACCAUGUUAAUAAUCCAGAUCAAGUCUAUGAGGGACAUGGUCCCGAAAAUCUGUUUUGUAACUAUUUGACUCGAAUACACAGAGAAGAGGAUUUUAAUUUCAUUUUGAGAGGAAUUACUGGUUUACUUCAAAAUCCCUUAAUACAGACUUACUUACCUAACUCAUGCAAAAGAAUCAAUUUUCAUCAAGAGCUUUUUGUAUUAUUUUGGAAACUUUGUGAUCUAAACAAGAAAUUUUUAUUUUACGUGCUGAAAAGUAGUGAUGUUCUAAAUAUACUUGUUCCAAUCCUCUAUCAUUUAAAUGACUCACGUGGAGAUCCAUCACGUAUUGGACUUAUGCACAUUGGUGUGUUUAUUUUACUGUUACUUAGUGGAGAAAGAAAUUUUGGUGUUCGUCUCAAUAAACCAUACUCUAUGAGAAUUCCAAUGGAUAUACCUGUGUUCAAUGGAAGUCAUGCUGAUUUUUUGAUUAUUGUGUUUCAUAAAAUUAUAACUACUGGUCAUCAACGCCUGCAUCCUCUAUUUGAUUGUCUUUUAACAAUAAUUGUUAAUGUUUCUCCUUAUUUAAAAUCACUAUCGAUGGUUGCUGCAAACAAACUGUUGCAUCUUUUAGAGGCUUUUUCAACUCCAUGGUUUUUGUUUGCAAAUUCAACCAAUCACCACUUAGUAUUUUUUCUUCUGGAAACAUUUAAUAACAUUAUUCAGUACCAGUUUGAUGGAAAUGCUCACAUGGUAUAUGCAAUCAUUCGGAAACGCAACGUAUUUCAUCAGAUGGCUAAUCUCCCAACUGAUCCUUCUACUGUAAAAAAGCCUGGAAAAACUAUAGAUAGAAAAGACACAGAUUCUGUAUCAUCAGAAGAAGGAAAUUUCAGGCAACCUAGAUUAGAAAACAUUCCAACUACAACCAGAACUGUUCAAAAUCCAAAUUCUUCUGAGCAAAUUACCAUGCCAGAAUCAAGUCAAGGUGAAGGUGUGUAUGAUGUUACGGCAAACAGAGAAAAAAACUUGAGACAAACAGAAAAAGGAGUAUUUAUUCCUACGGUAGAUUGGGUAUAUUCAUGGAAGCAAAAACUUCCACUACAGACUAUAAUGCGACUGUUGCAAGUUCUUGUACCUCAAGUAGAAAAGAUAUGUAUAGAUAAAGGGCUUACCGACGAAUCAGAAAUCAUAAAGUUUUUGCAACACGGAACCUUAGUUGGAUUGCUGCCGGUUCCACAUCCAAUAUUGAUUAGGAAAUACCAGGCAAACAGUGGUACACAACUUUGGUUUCGAACUUAUAUGUGGGGAAUCAUCUACUUACGAAACAUUGAUCCGCCCAUAUGGUACGAUACCGACGUUCGGCUUUUUGAGAUUCAAAGAGUUUGAUUUAAAUGCAUUGAAUUUUUGCUUCAGCAAAUUUAUUUAUUUUACAAUAUAUUUUAUUUAUACUAGCUUUGCUUGGUGUCUAAAAUAAUUCUAAUGAA